AUGCCGCUGGCGCAGCACGCCGUCGACGUCGGCACGCUCGACUCGCAGCGCGUCGUGCAAGGCGACUGCCCGGCCGUCGCCGUGCUGCGCGCCGCCGGCGCCGUCUUCUACUGCAAGACGAACCAGCCGCAGUUUGUCAUGCACCUCGAGUCGGCCUCGUUCCACGGCCGCACGCUCAACCCGCACAACACGGCGCUGACCGCCGGCGGGUCCAGCGGCGGCGAGGCCGCGCUGCUCGCCAUGCGCGGCUCCGUGUUUGGCGUCGGCAGCGAUAUUGGCGGCAGCAUCCGCGCGCCGGCCGCGUUUUGCGGCGUGUAUGGCUUCAAGCCCACCAGCAAUGUGCUGCCCCGCCGCGACGGCCUGCCCGGCGCCGGCUCGCCCGCGGAGAUGACGGUGCCGGCCACGUGGGGCCCCAUGUCGCGGUCGCUGCGCGACAUGGAUCUGUUUAUGGGCGUGUUUGCGGCGGCGCGGCCGUGGCGCGAGGAUCCGCGGCUGAGCAUUGCGCCGUGGACGGGCCUCACGACGGCGGCCGGCGGCGGUCCGCUCAAGGUCGGCUUCAUGAUGACGGACGGCGCCAUCCAGCCGCAGCCGCCCGUGGCCAGGGCCAUGGAAUGGGCCAGGACGCAGCUGCAGGGCGCCGCGGGGGGGGUCGAGGUGAAGGCGUUUGCGCCGCUGCGCACGCAAGAGGCGACGAGGAACGCGCGCAUCGCGUACUUCCCGUACGGCGUGGACGAGAUGCGCGCGAGCCUGGCGGCGUCGGGGGAGCCGUUCCAAGCCCUGUCCGACUACAGCGUGCAGGACGCCGAGGCGUCGCCGACGCCGACGGCGCAGGGCCUGUUUGCGCUGAGCCGGACAAAGGAGCAGUUUUGGUACGACUGGGCGGCGCACUGGGCGGCGCAGGACGUGGACGUGCUCGUGUGCCCGGCGUUUUACGGCGCCGCGCCGCGGCACGAGACGGCGUUUUACUGGAACUACACGGCGCUGUUCAACUACCUGGACAUGCCGGCGGCGGUGCUCCCGACGCCCGUGGUGGCGGGACCAAAGGGCACGGAGCGGUAUGCGGAGGGGGAGCCGCUGAGUGACGAGUGUGAGCACGCGCGCCGGCUCUGGGACGAGGGAGACUUUGAGGGUGCGCCGAUUUGCAUACAGGUGGUGGCGCCGAGACAGCGCGAUAAUGAAUUGUUUGGGGCGUUAGAGCGGCUUAGCAACUAUUUAAACGUAGAGUAG